UAUAAGCCGGGAAAGGAAAGUUAUUUCAAUUCUGCCGCUUUCCUUAUCAUAAGACAUGACACUACCGCCAAUGCCGACGACGGCAGGAAUUUCCAGUAUGCGAUUAGCCGGAGGAGAGAUUCGUACGGUGUUAAUCACAGGCGUGAGCCGAGGAUUAGGCAAAGCCCUAGCCCUAGAAAUGGCGAAGAGAGGCCACGGCGUCAUCGGCUGCGCUCGUUCUCAGGACAAGCUCAAUGCCCUCCAACCCGAGCUCGCUUCCGUUACCAAUCCUCCUUCUGAGAACAAACACCUCCUCAUGAAUGUCGACGUGAGUUUAAAUAGCAGUGUUGAGGAGUUAGCACGUGCUGUUAUGGAGAAAAAGGGCGUUCCUGAUAUUAUUGUGAACAGCGCAGGAACUAUUAAUAGGAACAACAAACUAUGGGAAGUGCCAGCUGAAGAGUUUGAUUCUGUCAUUGAUACCAACAUAAAAGGAACUGCAAAUGUUCUGCGUCACUUUAUUCCCCUAAUGCUUGAGAAGAAGCAAGGAGUGAUAAUAAAUAUGUCUUCUUCUUGGGGAAGAUCUGCCGCUGCACAGGUGGCACCAUAUUGUACUUCAAAAUGGGCAAUAGAGGGUCUGACAAGGUCAGUUGCGAAGGAGUUGCCCCCUGGAAUGGCAGCUGUUGCACUUAAUCCUGGUGUCAUUUACACGGACAUGCUUCAGUCGUGCUUUGGCAGUUCAGCUUCCCUCUACCAGACACCUGAGUCAUGGGCUCCAAAGGCAGCUAAUAUGAUACUGAAUCUAACUGCAGCUGAUAAUGGGGCAUCUCUUUCGGUGUGAAUUUAUGCAGCCGAGUGACAUACUACCUUUUGUAGACAGCAGAAUGACGGAUAUUACCAGUUUUUAACUCCAGCGAUUAUGAUAACACU